GGUGUCCCAGGAAGUGAUAUUUGCUGGUUUACUUCGGCAAAGGGUGUAGUGUGAUCGAAAUCGGUGUCUUUAUCAUUUCGGAGUGCGCCUGUUCCUCAGAGUCCGAGUGAGUCGUAUAGGAGGAAUUUCGUUCACUUUUCCGCACAUCCUGCCUGGGAGGCUUGCGCGUGUUUGUUUACGGAUGAAAUUUCGGUGACCCACCGUGCCAAGUGCCAAAGGAGGAGGUGCGAAUCUCGUGGUGCGGAUUCCCCGUGCGUAAUUUCCCACUUUUCGCUGCGCAAAUCGAAGGUGUACCUAGAAGAUGGCCUGACCGCACGAGUGAACUCAGGUUCGAGGUUACUUCGGUCGCAGUGUUGUUUUCCUGCUACGACCGACUAGGAAGUUCGUGCGAGGGGGCAAAAUUCAACAUCACUCAGCCCGCGAGUGUGUAUGUGUGUGUUUCCCGCAGUGUGUGCGUUGGUUUGUGACUCGAAUCGACCACAUUCGGAGUGUAACGCGAAAACAAAGCUCAACCAUUACGCGCGCGCUCGCUGGUGGUGUAAUCCUUGGGCCGAAGUGUUUAACCCGCGGAAAACGCAACCACUGGACGCCAAUAGGAAGGCAAUUGUUUCCCCUGGCUGGGCUCUAGUGUGUAGAAAUCAGCCGCCCGAUUAGCGUACUGCUGUGCGUUUUCAUUGUGUUGGGAGCUUCUCACAGUGCUUGGCUUUGGGAAGACGGAGUUUACCAAACCCAAGAAAGUGAAGGUGUUUUUAUGUACAACACCGUGCCGCUACCACCACCCCCCUGCACGGUAGUGCCGCCCGACGACGACGGCCACAAUCAUCCCUUCUACAACGAGCAACCACAGAGCGCUGCGGGCUACGGAACCACCACUCUUCCCAGCACACGAUGGCCGACCAGGAAUCGGAUAUGGAGUACUCAUCGGACAAUGAUUACGAGUUUGAGGACUACUACAACUCAGGUGAAGAUUGCGAUAUCGAGCAGAUCGACCCGAAGCGUACCGAUCCGGAGUACUUCGUGUACGAGUGUCUGAACGUGGAGGAGGUCGAGAAGCUGAUGAACGAGCCGGUCGAGAAGCUAAGCACCCAGCUACAGAUAACGCCAUCGCUGGCCAAGGUGCUGCUACACGAGACGCGCUGGAACACGGCGGAAGUGAUCGAACGGUAUCGGAACAAUGCUUCGCAUCUGCUGGUCAGUGCCCGGAUCAAGGCAGCGCCUCCACCGGCGACUACCCCACUGGUGGUUCACCACGCCGUACCGUCCACCUCUUCAUCGGGCACCACCACCAUCACCGGACCCAGCUUUCUCGUACCUUCGGCGUCGUCCGCGUUUGCCGCGACCUCUGCUGCCGCCGCAGCAGCGGCAGCGGCGGCGGGGUCAAGCGGGAGCAACAAAUACCAUCAUCAAUUGGUGCUACUCGAAACAACCGGUAGUACCGCGACGACAACAACGACGACAACUGCGGUGGGCACCGCCACCAGCAUCAGCACCGGUUAUCGGACGCAGCUCUGUCCGGUUUGCGUGACGGUGCAGACGACCGACAAGUUUCACAGUCUCUCCUGCGCGCACUCGUUCUGCCGUGACUGCUGGGCGAUGCACUUCGAGAUCCAGAUCGGCCAGGGCAUCUCGACGCAGAUCGAGUGCAUGGAGCAGCGGUGCGACGUGCGCGUCCCGGAGGACCUGGUGCUGAAUCUGCUCAACCGGCCGGUGCUGCGCGACAAGUACCAACAAUUUGCGUUCGCCGACUACGUCAAAUCGCACCCAGAGCUACGCUUCUGUCCCGGGCCCAACUGCCAGAUUAUCAUCCGCAGCCAGGACAUUAGUCCGAAGAAGGCGUGCUGUAAGGUGUGCAAGACGAUGUUCUGUUUCCGGUGCGGUACCGACUACCAUGCGCCCACCGACUGCCAGAUUAUCCGCAAGUGGUUGACUAAGUGUGCGGACGAUAGCGAGACGGCCAACUAUAUCAGUGCGCACACGAAGGACUGCCCCAAGUGUCACAUCUGUAUCGAGAAGAAUGGUGGCUGCAAUCACAUGCAGUGCUUCAACUGCAAGCACGACUUUUGCUGGAUGUGCCUGGGCGACUGGAAGGCGCACGGGUCCGAGUACUACGAGUGUUCGCGCUACAAGGAGAACCCAAACAUUGCCCACGAGUCCGUUCACGCGCAGGCACGGGAAGCGUUGAAGAAGUACCUGCACUACUACGAGCGGUGGGAGAAUCAUUCAAAGUCGCUGCAGCUCGAGCAGCAAACGCUCGAUCGGAUGAAGACGCGCAUCAACGAGAAGGUGAUGAAGGGUCUCGGCACGUGGAUCGACUGGCAGCAUCUGUUCGAUGCCGCCUCCCUGCUCGCCAAGUGCCGCUACACGCUACAGUACACCUACCCGUACGCGUACUACAUGGAGUCACGGAAGGAACUGUUCGAGUACCAACAAGCUCAACUGGAGGCAGAAAUCGAAAACCUUUCGUGGAAGGUCGAACGGGCGGAAACGACCGAUCGGGGCGAGCUGGAAAACCAGAUGGACAUCGCCGAGAAGCGGCGUACGACCCUGCUGAAGGACUUCUUCCCAACCGAAGCGUAAUGCGCGCGUUCUCGGCGCGUGGAGCGUGUUUACUGAUUGAUGAUGAAGAUGAUGAACGGAAAAAAGUAGUCCUCCUUUUGUGCGCGGCCACACGCAAACCAACGAUACAGGAAGGACGAAAAGAAGCUACUACCAGAUAAUAAAGACAAACGAUCUUCAAUGCAAUUGUGAAACUAUUAGUGAAUAGGAUAGUGUGUAACGUUAAGCGAAGCAUAUUACCAUUACUGGCGCGCGCCGAGAGACGGCCCAUUCACCACAUCCUUUAGCGAGGAGGACACACGGUGUUGAUACAGCGGCAAAGGCAAUAUUAAUGUUCGAUGUAAAUGCGAUGUGUUUUAUGGGGAAUUGUCAACUUGCUGUCCCGGCAGCAAGGGAGAAUUAAAACUAGAGCGCACUCAAGAGUGAAAUCACGUACUACUCGUUUAGAGCUAAGCGUUAGAGAAUAAGGAGAUUAGACGCCAGACAGCGGGCGAGAGAGCUAGCUGAGGAAACGGAUAAGAAUCAGGCAAAGGAUAUCGGAAGCAGCUUGUGUGCUUGUGCGCGCUCUGACCAGUCACGGCCCGCACUUGCUUGAUGCGCGUCCAGCCCACCACCACCAUCGUUCAGCUAGUUUGUAGAUAAUCGAACUGAAUUACGAUGCUAAGCUUACAGUCACAGAGAGCGAGAAGCGAACCUAAUAGCGCAUAUGAUAAUUGCUGCUACACGCGACGCGAACGCGAACGCAACGAGAACACAAGAAAAUGGGAGAGAAAAUAAAGGU